AUGUCUGCCUCCUGCUGCACCUCCCCUCCUCUCCUUGCCUCCUGCUGCACCUCCACUCCUCUCUUCGCCUCCUGCUGCACCUCCCCUUCUCUCCUCGCCUCCUGCUGCACCUCCACUCCUCUCUUCGCCUCCUGCUGCACCUCCACUCCUCUUCUCGCCUCCUGCUGCACCUCCACUCCUCUCUUCGCCUCCUGCUGCACCUCCACUCCUCUCUUCGCCUCCUGCUGCACCUCCACUCCUCUCUUUGCCUCCUACUGCACCUCCACUCCUCUCUUUGCCUCCUGCUGCACCUCCACUCCUCUCGUCGCCUUCUGCUGCACCUCCACUCCUCUCUUCGCCUCCUGCUGCACCUCCCCUCCUCUCCUCGCCUCCUACUGCACCUCCACUCCUCUCUUUGCCUCCUGCUGCACCUCCACUCCUCUCUUUGCCUCCUGCUGCACCUCCACUCCUCUCGUCGCCUUCUGCUGCACCUCCACUCCUCUCUUCGCCUCCUGCUGCACCUCCCCUCCUCUCCUCGCCUCCUACUGCACCUCCCCUCCUCUCUUCGCCUCCUGCUGCACCUCCACUCCUCUCUUUGCCUCCUACUGCACCUCCACUCCUCUCUUUGCCUCCUGCUGCACCUCCACUCCUCUUCUCGCCUCCUGCUGCACCUCCACUCCUCUCGUCGCCCCUCCUCGGCUCUUCCCAGCUCCCUGCAGUCGAUCCAUGUGA